CAUCACUCCGACCUGAAUUCAGACGAUGGCGACUCCUAUAGAAGCAGCCGGGCAAAGGGAAGAGCCCAAGGUGUACGGAGAGAGAUGGAAGUCGAAAGAAUGCGCAGGUCCGAGCGAGGUCAGACUGAUUAGUGCCGACAAUCGUCUCUUUUUUGUCCCUACACACUUGCUUCAGUCUCACAGCACCGUGCUUUGUGACAUGCUCGAGCUUCCGGCCACCGAGUCACCUCCCUCGAUUACUCUAUCCGACCCCGACCUCGAGUCUGCCGCUCAACUAGCCCUAUUCCUCCUUGUUAUCCAAGGAAAUAACUUCUUCGCAGCUCGCAGCCAACUUCCUUAUGUGCGCUACGAACAAGUGAUUACAGUCGACCACUUAUCCAACUUUUUCCAAUUCGCCAGAAAGUACGACUGCCCCAAUGCCCUUCUACUGUGGGAGAACUUCCUCUAUUACCUGGUGCGAGAGGAAUUUCGCCCGCGUGGAUGUAUCGCUAAGCCAUUGGAUGUGUUUGUCCUCGCCGCCCAGGCUGACUUGGGCGGGUUGGCAUCGCUGGUCCUAGACCUGUACCAGCCCUCACUGGUCACCGACACGUCCCAUCACUCCCGCUCGUCAUCUGACUACCCCUCUCCGUUUGGUUAUCUCCAAAAACACCUCCCAUUCACCCUUGGCAGUAUACCUGUGGAAACAUGGAAACAUAUACCCCUGCGAUAUCUCUUUGCCCUGCAGAAGAGCACCGCUGAGCUCGAUGGGAGUACGGAGCCGACAUCGCAGCAGUCGGGAGUUCGGAGCCGGAAGUUACGAUUUGAAGAAUCGUUGAUUUUGGGCAAGAAAUUGUAAAUUGGAGUUUGGUCUCCGAUCGCAUCACGGAGGAUGUCGUCAGGUCAAGCUUUAGGCGACGUAUUCACGAGAGAAAGUGUAAUAUAGUCCGUUAAAAUCUGACCUGUCUCAUGAGCGCUAUGCUGGGAUGUCAUGGUUAUAGGGUCAUCUGUGUAGUUUGUUCAUUCAGUUGUGUCCUUAGUGGACCGUGCUCUCCGUAUAUAUAGACCAGAGUCUUCUUUCAUAAUUCUUCUUCAUAUGCGAC